UCCGCUACUUCGGUCGCUGCUUCAUCAACCCCUGCUUCGUCUGCUAUGCCCUCGUCGGCCGCUCCUUCUUCAGUGGCCCCCUCCUCGGUCUACUCCUCGGUUGCUAUCUCAAGCUCCUCAACCAAGAGUGGUACCAGUGAGUCUACCAACCUCCCCAACCCUCUGCCUCCAUUUGCUAAUUCCUCCUCCUCCUCCUCAGGACCCACUAUGAUUCCCUCAAACCCAUUUUUCAACCCCUCAGGCCAACUUCCCAGCUUCGUCACAGUCACCAACUACGUUACCAUGUCCGAUGUUGCUCACAAGCAGCAAGGCACUAAGACUACGACUGAGUUCGUUACCUCCUACGUUACUGCCCCAGCUCCCACUGUGGUUGUUCCCGCAAGCUCCGUGGCUCCUGCUAUCGAUGGUCUGCCCACGAUCGUCGCUGUCCCUGACGCAGCUGGCAACGCUGGUCUGAUCGGAAGAUUCGCUCGCCGCUAAUCCUCCCCUC